UGCUCGACACAAAGUUUGAAGGUUCAGCGCGGUUCUAGUAAUGGAGAAAAGUCUACGCAAAAUUUCGCCACUAACUUCUCGCCGAUGCCUCUUCCGACUCAACUGGGAAACCCAUUCGGACGUGGUCGACCCUCUGACAAACGAUGGAAGAAGGACACCAAUAAGGAAGAAGCAAGAGAUACUUGCGUCUACAAGUCAUCACGUGCAGGCCCCUUGGAAUCGCGACUCCAAGGAAUGCCGCUCCCCCCGGAGUUCCGUGGUCGGGUCUUAAGAGUGAAAUUGGAACCGCUUGAUGUAGCAUGCCUAGCAGGAGAGGGCCAGGCACAUCAACAGCACUGCGGCAUGACAGCUGGGACGUGUGACAUUAAACAAGAACCUCGAGAGGAAUCUUCAAAGGAACAUGCAAUCAUCAAAGUCAAAACGGAGCCUUAUGAAGUUGUAAUCUUGACUGGGCAGGACCUAAUGGGGCACAACUGUCAGUCAACAUCAGAAGGAGAAAAGUCUACGCAAAAUUUCGCCAAUAACUUCUCACUGAUGCCGUCUCAACUGGGAAACCCAUUCGGACGUGGUCGACCCUCUGACAAACGACGGAAGAAGGACACCAAUAAGGAAGAAGCAAGAGAUACUUGCGUCUACAAGUCAUCACGUGCAGGCCCCUUGGAAUCGCGACUCGGAGAAAUGCCGCUCCCCCCGGAGUUCCGUGGUCGGGUCGUGAGAGUGAAAUUGGAACCGCUUGAUGUAGCAUGCCUAGCAGAAGAGGGCCAGGCACAUCAACAGCACUGCGGCAUGACAGCUGGGACGUGUGACAUUAAACAAGAACCUCGAGAGGAAUCUUCAAAGGAACAUGCAAUCAUGAAAGUCAAAACGGAGCCUUAUAACGUUGCAAUCUUGACUGGGCAGGAUCUAAAGGGACACAACUGUCAGUCAACAUCAGAAGAUGCUCAGAUGGGAGAGAAGUGUUCUGGGCGCAACAUCUAUCCCGCUGCAUUGUGGACGUCUGGAAGUGAUGAGAACCAUGUGGCGAACCAUACUGACAAGAGGCCAUACAAGAGCGAUGUCUGCCCUGCAGAGUUCAGCCUGAGUGGGAACACAAAGCAGCACAAGCAGACACGUUCAUGCAAGAAACCAUACAAGUGCGAUGUCUGCCCUGCGAAGUUCAGCCGCAGUUCGGACGUACAGCGGCACAAGCGGGCACACACGGUCGAGAAACCAUACAAGUGUGAUGUCUGCCACGCAGAGUUCCGUCAGAGCUGGACCCUACAGCAGCACAAGCGGACACACACGGGUGAGAAGCCAUACAAGUGCAAUGUCUGCCCCGCGAAGUUCAGGCAGACCGGACAGUUAUGGCAUCACAAGCGGACACACACAGGCGAGAAGCCACAUAAGUGCGAUGUCUGUCUUGCAAAGUUCAGCCGCAGUUGGCACCUACAGCAGCACAAGCGGACACACACGGGUGAGAAGCCAUACAAAUGCGAUGUCUGCCCUGCGAAGUUCAGCCGCAGUUGGUACCUACAGCAGCACAAGCGGACACACACGGGCGAGAAACCAUACAAGUGCAAUGUCUGCCCUGCGAAGUUCAGCCAGAGUGGGAUCCUACAGCGGCACAAGCGGACACACACGGGCGUGUCCGCUUGUGAUGCGAGAAGGCAAGGCGAGAAGCCAUACAAGUGCGAUGUCUGCCCCGCAAAGUUCAGCAGGGGCGCGGACCUAAGGAAGCAUAUGCGGACACACACGGGAGAGAAGCCAUACAAGUGUGAUGUCUGCAAAGCAAAGUUCAGACAGCGCAGAACCUUGUCACGUCACAAGCGGACACACACGGACCUGAGGCACAGUACAAACCUGCAGUGUAACAAGAAGACCUACAUGGGUGUGAAGACAUACAAAUGCAACCUCUCUACUGCAGAGUUCAUGUACAGCACGAGCACACAGAGUUAGAGAAGAAGCUGCUAUAAUAAAUCAAUCCAAAGAAAUAAAAGAAUAUUUCUACAAGACGUCACGA